AUGGACGAGCAACAGUUUGUCCAGCUGCUCGAGGGCCUCAUGGAGCCCGACACCGAGCGUGUCAAAUCCGCUACCUCUACUCUCAACAAGAACUACUACAACUCACCCGCCUCCCUCAAUGCCCUCCUUCAGAUUCUCUGCGGCCACCCCAAGCCUCAGCUCCGCCAAUUGGCUGCAGUCGAGGCUAGGAAGCUGGUAACAAAGCACUGGGCCAACCUGCCUGCGGACCAGAAGAACUCUCUCCGCAACCAGUUGUUCCAGUUCACACUGAACGAGGAUGUAACUCUCACACGCCACUCUGCUGCCCGCGUCAUUGCGGCCAUCGCAUCCCAAGAUUUUGAGGAUGGCGAGUGGGCUGACCUGCCCGGAUACCUCCAGCAGGCCGCCACCAGCUCCGAGGCACGACACCGUGAAGUUGGUACAUACAUCAUCUUCACCACACUUGAGUCAGCGGGCGACUCGUUCCCCGGCAAGCAAGCCGAUCUGUACAAGCUGUUCAGUUCAACCAUCCAAGACCCUGAGAGCGUCGAUGUCAGAAUCAACACAAUGCUCAGUCUCAGCCGCCUGGCCAUGCUGCUAGAGCCCGACGAGAGCCCCAAGGAGCUUGCCAUGUUCCAAGAGUCCAUCCCUGGCAUGGUCACCGUUCUGAAGGCCACUGUCGACGAGGGUGAUGAGGACCGCGCAAUGCAAGCUUUCGAGGUCUUCCAGACUCUCCUUGGCUGCGAGUCUGCACUUCUCGCAAAGCACUUUGGCGACCUUGUUCGCUUCAUGCUGGAGCUUUCUUCAAGCACCAACGUCGAGGACGAUUACCGUUCCCAGGCUCUCGCAUUCCUGAUGCAGUGUGUCCGCUACAGGAAGCUCAAGGUACAGGGCCUGCGAAUCGGUGAGGAGAUGACCUUGAAGGCUCUCCACAUUGUCACUGAGCUCGGUGAUCUGUCCAGUGAGGAGGAGGAAGUCACACCCGCCCGUUCCGCUCUCGGCCUCCUCGACAUCCUCGCAUCCAGCCUCCCUCCCAGCCAAGUUGUCAUUCCUCUUCUCAAGAACCUCGGCAACUACUUCCAGUCGCAGAACCCUGACUACCGUCAAGCUGCCAUCCUGGCUCUCGGUAUGUGUGUCGAGGGUGCGCCUGACUUCAUCGCUACCCAGCUUAACGAGAUCAUGCCUAUGGUUCUACACUUGUUGGAGGACCCUGAGCUCAAGGUCCGGGCCGCCGCUCUCAACGGUGUCGCUCGAUUGGCUGAUGAUCUUGCCGAAGACGUUGGCAAGGAGCACGCCCGCCUCAUCCCUGCUAUGCUCAAGAACUUCGACCUUGCUGCCAACAACAUGCAAGGCUCAGAUGAUGAGCGCAACCUCUCCAUUGUUCGCGGCAGCUGCCAUGCUAUCGACUCCCUCAUCGAGGGCCUAGAGCCAGAGGACGCUGGCAAGUAUGUUCCCGAACUCAUCCCACGCUUCAGCAAGCUCUUCCAUCACGAGGAUCUCAAGGUGAAGAGUGCUGCCAUCGGUGCCGUUGGCUCUAUUGCCUCCGCUGCCGAGAAGGCCUUCAUCCCAUUCUUCCCCCAGACCAUGCAGGAACUUUCCUCAUACGUCAGGAUUAAGGACAGCCAAGACGAGCUCGACCUUCGUGGUGUCACCUGUGAUUCCAUGGGCAAGAUCGCUUCUGCUGUUGGCCCUGAGCCUUUCGAGCCCUACGUUCUGCCGCUCAUGGAGGCUUCCGAGGAAGCUCUUCACUUAGACCACCCCCGUCUCAGGGAGACCAGCUACAUCCUCUGGAGCACCAUGGCUAAGGUCUACGAGGAGGGCUUUGCUAAGUACCUUCCCGGUGCUGUGAAGGGCCUCAACGAUUGCCUUGAUCAAGAAGAGACCAACCUCGACGUUGAGUUUGGUGAGGAGGCGGCUGAUUUGGCCGGCUCCGAGGUGAUCAUUCAGGGGCAGAAGAUCAAGGUUGCUGCUGCCAGCGACGACGACGACGAUGACAGCGAUCUCAACGAAGCCCUCAUGGCCGGUGAUGACGAUGACGACUGGGAUGACCUAGAAGGCGUCAGCGCUGUCGCCAUGGAGAAGGAGAUCGCUGCUGAGGUCUAUGGAGACAUCAUCACUCACACUCGCCGCGAGUACAUCCCUUACAUGGAGGCGACCGUCACCAAGCUGCUCGAACUUGUCGACCACUCCUAUGAGGGCAUCCGUAAGGCCGCUCUUGGCACCCUAUGGCGCACAUUUGCCUGCCUCUUCGGUAUGGCCGAGGGUGAUGGUAUGGCUAAGUGGAAGCCUGGUCUUCCGCUUGCCGUUGACAUUCCCGACGAGCUGAAGAAGCUCGGCAAUCUCGUUAUGACUGCCACCAUGACCAUCUGGCAAGACGAGAUGGAUCGGGGUACUGUCACUGACAUCAACCGUGAUGUUGCUGCCACUCUCAAGCUCUGCGGACCGGCUGUUUUGUUGACCGACAACGGCACCGUGGUUCCUGAUCUCUGCCAGCACUUGCUCGCUGUCAUCACCAAGCGUCACCCUUGCCAGCAGGAUCUCGGUGAUGAAGCCGAGGAGGAGAUUCUUGAUGAGUCUUCCGAGUACGACUGGCUUGUCAUUGAGACUGCCCUCGAGGCUGUCACCUGCCUGUCAGUCGCACUUGGCUCGCAGUUCGCCGAGCUCUGGAAGAUGUUCGAGAAGCCAAUUGUCAAGUACGCUAGCAGCCAGGACUCUACUGAGCGAAGCGCUGCUGUCGGAACCAUUGCUGAGUGCAUCGGCAACAUGGGUGCUGGCUGCACACCUUACACCACUGGCAUGCUGAAGCUCCUUCUCCACCGCCUGUCGGAUGAAGACCCAGAGACCAAGUCCAACGCCGUCUACGGUAUCGGACUUCUCUGCGAGAUGACCACGAACGAUGAUGAGAUCCUCAAGUCUUUGCCUACAAUCUUCUCCAAGCUCGAGCCUCUGCUCGAUGCUCAGGACCAAGCACGCCUUCUUGAUAACACUGCAGGCUGCGUCAGCAGGUUCAUCUCGAAGCACCCUGGCAAGCUUCCCAUUGCCGAGGUCUUGCCUCGCCUGGUGCAGCUCCUGCCUCUCCGUGAGGACUACGAGGAGAACAAGCCCGUGUUUGGCAUGAUCGUCAAGCUUUACCAACAAAACGAGCCUACAGUGCAGCAGCUCACAUCUUCGCUGAUGCCUGUGUUUGAGAAGGUUCUCAGCCCGCCUGAGGAGCAGCUCGAGGAUGAGACGCGCUCGCAGCUUGUUGAGCUGGUGCAAUAUCUGCGCAAGUAG